GAUCUGCUUCCAUGGUCUCGUUGCUCUCUCCAAGCCCUUACAAAUCAGCUAUUUAUUUUUCAUUUAUUUUUUUUCCCUUUUUUCAUAUUUAGCAAUAAAUAAAAAAUUGUUUUGAUUUUCAUAUUCUAGCAUUUACAGUACCUAGCAAUAACAUUUCCAACAUCAUAAAAAAAAAUUAAGCUGUAGGGUUUCUUCUCAUCCCCUUCUUUUAGAAAAAGAAAAACUUUUUUUGUUUUGUUUCAAGUAUCGUAAUUUCUGACAAGAAAAAUAGUGUUUUGGUUCGGUUAUGUAAUAUUGACCCACUUUGUUAAUAUUAAGAAAAUUUUUUUUAAUUGAUCUAAAAGGAUCAAUUUAGGAAUUUAUUUUUUUGGGUUUUUGAUUUUACUAUUGUUGUUGUUAAAUUGGAGAAAUGGAGAAGAAAAAGGUGGCUGUACCAUUAGUGUGCCAUGGGCAUUCAAGGCCAGUGGUUGAUUUGUUCUACAGCCCCAUCACCCCUGAUGGCUUUUUUCUUAUUAGUGCCAGUAAAGACUCCAGUCCAAUGUUAAGAAAUGGGGAGACUGGAGAUUGGAUUGGCACAUUUGAAGGGCAUAAGGGUGCAGUAUGGAGCUCCUGCCUGGAUACCAAUGCGUUACGUGCAGCAUCUGCCUCAGCUGAUUUUUCUGCGAAACUGUGGGAUGCAUUGACUGGUGAUGAAUUGCACUCGUUUGAGCACAAGCAUAUCGUUCGAGCAUGUGCCUUUUCGGAGGAUACACACUUUCUACUCACUGGUGGAGUUGAGAAAAUUCUUCGAAUAUUUGAUUUGAAUCGUCUGGAUGCACCUCCAAGACAAGUGGAUAAUUCUCCUGGUUCAAUUAGAACUGUUGCAUGGCUCCACAGUGACCAGACGAUCUUAAGUUCUUGUACUGAUACUAAAGGUGUUAGGUUGUGGGAUCUAAGAAGUGGCAAAAUUGUUCAAACACUUGAGACCAUAUCACCUGUCACCAGUGCUGAAGUGAGUCAGGAUGGUCGCUAUAUAACCACUGCUGAUGGAUCUACUGUUAAGUUUUGGGAUGCAAAUCAUUUUGGAUUGGUGAAAAGCUACAAUAUGCCAUGCAAUGUGGAAUCAGCUUCAUUGGAACCAAAGCAUGGCAAUAAGUUCAUUGCUGGAGGAGAAGACAUGUGGGUCCAUGUCUUUGAUUUUCAUACUGGAGAAGAGCUUGGUUGCAACAAGGGUCACCAUGGUCCUGUCCACUGUGUACGUUUCUCACCUGGAGGGGAAUCCUAUGCUUCAGGAUCUGAAGAUGGUACCAUUAGAAUAUGGCAGACAGGACCAGUGACUCAUGAAGAGAAUGAUCAUCUACCCGGAAAUGGACCGAGUGGGAAAGUGAAGGCUGUGGCGGAUGAGGUUGCCCGUAGGAUUGAGAGUGGCCUACACAUUGGCAGGGAAGGGAAAACUGGAGAGAGGAAUAAGGCAACAGAAGCAUGACAUGGUAUUAAAUUUAUCAAGGGCAUUCAACAAGUGUUUGUUUCAGCUUGCUUGCCACGUUGUAGGAUUAUGGGUGAGUUUUUUGCGUCCGUCUUUUCUGUCGAAAUAAAUUAACUUUCCUUUCAAAUUUCCUUGUAUAUCUUUCUUUCCAGUUCAAUUUUUUAUCUUUAAAAAUUUGUGAACCUUUAGUUUUGCUUUAAGGUAGUAGAUGCUGUUCAAACUCUAUGAAGUCAAUGGCAAUAUCUCUAUAGAUUUCUAAUAGUUUUUCCAUAUUGAUUCGGGAUUUGAAGGCAGUAUAUACUAAAAUAGAAAUUAAUUUUCUGAUUAAGGUUGGGAAUUUAGUUUGACUUAUUAAAACUGGGGGAGAUACGAGCUCAA